AUGACGGAAGAUGUUCGCUUCAACUUCAUAGAUGGCGAUAUAGACUUUUCCUUUUCUGAUAAACGGCAAGAGCUGCAACAGGAACGCCGGCAGGCUCAGCAUCAGCCUCAGCCUCAGCUGCAUCAUGCAGAUGCUCGGAAGAAACGAAGGCAGGGGGCGGGAGCAGCAGCAGCAGCAGCUGCCGCAGCAGCGGCAACAUCCGUAGCAGCAGCCACGCUGCAGCAGCAGCAAAAGCGGUUGAACCAGUUGUGCAAGAAGCGCGAACGCGAUCUGAAGCAACUCUUGCAGCAGCAACAGCAGCGAGAGGAAGAGCAGCAAAACUCAGAAGACGACAGCAACUUCAGCCGUGUAGCUCGACUCUCUCGGAGCCUUGCCUCACGCCGGCAGCAGCAGCUAGACGCAGCAGCAGUUCCUGCUGCACCAACCAAAAAAAAGAAAAAGAAAAAGAAAAGAGAAAAGAAUGAGGGAUCAUCACAGCCGAAUCCAACGGAAAACAGCGAAGAGAAUCCGGCGGCUCAGAAAGUUGUAGCGACAGGCAACGACAGCAGCAGCAGCAGCAGCAGCAGUACCAGCAGCAGCAGCAGCAAGAGAAAGGUGAAAUCUGUAGCACAUGAAGUCCCGUCUGCCCCGGCUGAGGGUGACGAAGAUGAGAAGGAGGAGAAGGAAGACAACGAGCAGCAGCUGCAGGAGCCAAAAAGGAAAAGACAGAGACGUAGGCCGCAGCAGCAACAGCAGCAGCAGCAGCAGCAGCAAGAGCAGCAGCAGCAGCAACGGAAACAGGAUGAGGGAAUGGAUGAAGAGGACGAUGAAGGCACGUGGGAAACGGAACACAACAUAGGACAGGGCUGGACGGCCUCGGACUCGGACUUGCAGCAGCAGCAGCAGCAGCAGCAGCAGCAGAAGCAGCAGCAGCAGAAGCAGCAGUGGGAGAAGCUAAGAUGCAAGACAAAGGGGGGCCGCAGCAUCAUAAUUAAAAGAGUUGUUGAGGAGGGUAGCAACACAACAAGAAGAAAAACAAAAACAAGAAGCAGACAAAAAAAUAUUAAAAAUGACCAUAGGCCAGACAACAUGGUGAGGAAAUAA